UGUUUUCCUUUCAUGACAUGACAGCUUUCAAAGCUCUUGGUAGUCUGAUGUUCGAAGUUGGGCUUAUGGUAGCUUACCACUGUGAUCAAUAUGGGCUUGGAGGAGAUGGAGGUCAUGCGGGUAAGUGAAUUCGGGAGGCUUGAAAUCUCAAAAGCAGCAACGGAAAGGAAAAAAGAGAAAAAGUUAAGGGCUUGGAGUAAGAAAUAUUCCCAUCUGGCCUAUGGUUUUGAUUAUGGAGGCUCUGAUUUUAGGUUAAGGAAGCCUGAUGUUGGUGACUAUGAUUAUCAUCUCACCCUUUACGCUAGGCUUGCACUCUACUGCUACAAUUUUGAAAAGGGAACAAACUUUAAGUUUGUGCGCUGGGUAAAGUAUAAUUCUAUGUGCACUGCUUGCGUCGACUUCUACUUAACUUUUGAGGCCAUGGAUCCAGCCUGCGACUCUGUCUUCUCCUCUUUUCAGACUGUGUUCAGUAAUGCUGGAUAUGCGGGGAGGAUCUUGGCCUGCAGACCCACAUGUAACAAGCGUGUGAAUGAAUAUUGGGACCGGAAUGAGGAUGCUAUAGAUCAAUUCUACACAGGUGAAAUGCCCAAAUGGUUGUCUGAUGAGGCCUUUUCCAGUGACAACAAAAAGUAUUACGUGGUGCAAGAAUCAGAGCUGCAUGAUAAUGACUGGCUGCAUCUAUUCAUUGAAAUCAUAUUCUUUAAAGCAAUAUAUCCUGUAUUGGUGGCUUCCCCUCCCUUGGAGAUCAACAAGGUAGUUGUAGAAACUAAAGAAGAUUACAUGACUGAGGCUCGUGAGAAGCUCCACGCAGAGAAUGCAAUCUUCUACAUAGGUUACAAAUAUAGAGGUGUUUCUUCAAGUGGUAUCGCUGUUGAUCACAAAACUAUCAUAAGGAAAACCAUGGAUGGGGAACCAGAACACAUGAGUCUUGAAAUUGCUUAUGAACAAGAAGCGGAGUAGACAGACACUUCCUGUAUGCAUCUGGUCUGUUGCAAUCAAUUUAUUAAUCGCUAUUUCCUUGUAACUUUAAUCAUGUUAUAUGUCUACAACUCUAGGGACUAAAACGAGUGGGAUCAACAUAUGUAUAUUAAUCUUCGCUAAAUGCUAGCUAUC